AUGCCUGUACGAUUUCAUCUGAUACGACGUGGGCAAAAUUCCAACCAACAUUCAUCGAGUAAUAGCAAUAAUGACGAUGAUCAACCAAUUGAUUCAUCAAGAGUGAAGAGUCGGUUACAUGCAUUAUUUACACCUUCGCACAACAGUAGUACUGAAAAUGAUCAAGAUCAACUUGAAGCUGGCCCUUGCCCUUCCUCACCCGGGCGUUCUUCUCUAGAUACACCAGGUGUGGAAAUCAACAUACACAGUGAUCCUCAGCUGAAUCAAAUAGGUAGUGAAGAUGUUAUCAGAUCAAAGACGUUCCCGUUAGACUCACCUUAUGGAACAAGAGAAGGACGGGUAGGAGGGAUCGAUCAGACUUUCACUAUACCUAAAAAGAAAGAAAGGGAUGCUAUCAAAAUUUUAAUGGUUACCUGGAAUAUGGGGGAUGCUUUGCCGAAAGGAGAUCUCUCAGUCUUGUUUGGCCAAAUCCCACCAUAUCAAUCACAGUCGCCAAAUGAACAGAUCCCAGAAUUACCAGUAGAAAAUGGUCAUCCGUAUCACAUAGUCGUGAUAGCAGGUCAGGAAUGUCCGACACUGAGCGGUGCUCCAAGAGGCCUAGGGGGUGGUCUGGUGAAAGGUGUCACAUUGAGGCAUAGAAAAGAAAAGGAGAAGGAGAAAGAGAAGGACAAGGACAAGGAAAAAGAGAAGGAGAAGGAGAUGGAGAAAGAUGACGAGGGCAUUACACCGGACGAGAAGAAGCUGACGAAAGCAACGGACAUUGAGAAGGCGAAGGAAAAAUCAGAACUCAAACCUCCCCGAAACACUCUUGAUGUGGACAGAGAUGAUGCUGGUUCUAGAUCGGCUGAUUCUAGUGACGAAGAGGAAACGAAAGGUUCAUCGGAACAAAGAUCUAGAGCAGCUUCCCCCAUGACUCCUCAUACACCAUUCUUACAUCGGCAUCAACCCGCUGUGGCUCCGAAAGGAUGGAGUCAAAUGCUUGAUGAUUAUUUCUGCGGUCCAAAUGCGCGAACAAGCGAACCAAUUCCAUCUUCCUAUGACUCUUCUUCACCCGUUCCGAGAGAUACACCUUUCUUACCUCAUCCGCCACCUUCUGCUCUCCCCGCUCCUCCAUCUUUACUUCGUUCGGUAUCAGCCCCCAUCACGCCUGUUGCAUCUCCCAUUACCAUACCUCCGAGAGUGCCGGCCAUGAUAACUUCAAAUCUUACGACUCUCUCGCCUUCGCCGUUAGUAAGAUCGAGGUCAUCAUUCGACUCCUCGUCAUCGUCCUCAGCAGCAGAUGGCGAUGAAUCAUUCUUAAUGAUGCAAGCGGAUCACGGAAUGCAAUCAUCGUCUCCAAAAAGGAAAAUCGAAAGACCAGAGAUCGUCAUUCCAAACGAAGAACCGUCGCAGACCAAUUCAGGAAAUGGAAGCUACGUUCAUGUGGUCAAAGAAAGGUUAUUGGGCAUGUACCUGACUGUAUAUGUGUAUAAAGGGUGUGAACAUCUCAUACAAGGAAUGGACAAAGAUCUAGUGACUGCCGGUCUUGCCGGAGGCAGAGUGGGAAAUAAGGGGGGAAUUGGCAUAAGCCUCAAGCUGGCCGACCACCGAUUUCUCUUUGUCAACUCCCAUCUUGCAGCUCACACAGGCAGGAUGCAUGCUCGUUUGUCGAAUAUCGCCAAGAUCAAAUCUGAAUUACGCCUAGAUUGCUUCUUGCCCAAAGACGACCCAAGGGCAGCUGCCGAAGAUAUAACGGACCGAUAUGACACUGUCUUUUGGUGCGGAGACUUGAACUUCCGUAUCGAGCUUUCACGAUUGCACGCGGAUUGGCUCAUCGAGCAAAAGAAAUACGGUGAACUGCUCAUGUGGGAUCAACUGAAACUCGCAAUGCGAGAUCCUAAGAUGAACCCGUUCCCUGGCUUUGAUGAAGGUCCAAUUGAUUUCCCAUGCACAUUCAAAUAUGAUGUGUGGAAGAGCGUUCGAGCGACAAAUCGCGAUGUACGCAGGACCCUUAAACGUCGGAAGUCAUCUGCUUCGGCUGUAUCAGUGGACCUGGGAAGCAGCGUCAACGUGUCGAAGGGUUUAUCGUAUGUUCCUGAAGGCGACGCAAUCGAAAAGGUAGAUGGAGAUGAUGACGAAGAUGAGUCAAGUCGGAUGCCUGAUCAAUUGAGACGGUCAGACGUAAGUGACGAUGAUAUCACGGAAGGUGAUUUCUCCCGACGUUCGUUCGAAUCCAGUCGAUACACUUCCGGUGCCAAUUCAAUGGCUGGAACGGAUGCCGAAGAAGAUUCCGACGAUAUGCCAAUGACACACAAACACCGACCGUUUGAUGUUGCUAUCAAAGAAAAGACGAGGCAUUUCUUAGGAUUGGUGAAGAUGGAUGGGAUUCUCACCCCUUCACCCGGCAAAAGAGGAGGUUUGGGUAGAAGGGUCAGUGUGAAAAGGAGAAUGUCUAUUCGCAAGAGAAACCAAGAUGACUAUGCUGAAUCAAGAAGAACUUCAAUGUCAAGUUUUGUUUCUCAUCCUGAUACAGAUCGACCAACAACUCCACUUGAAAAUGAAAGAAGGGUAUCUACGUCAUCGAGGAACGAAAAUCCAGUUGAAGAUGGUUUCAUCGCUUCGACUAGUGAUGGUCUGGCGGUACCUGCAAGUAAAUCUGAAAGUGGAUAUUCCUCUUCGCCUCCAAGGGAUAAGGAUCGUCCGCCACCUUUUACGAGACGCUUGAGUAUCAUGAAACGAACCAUGUCGGGAAGAUCGGUGAAGGAUGGAAUGGGUGAAGACGAGGAAGAGGAAGAAGCAGUAGAUGAAGUUGAUAGAAGAGAAGGUGUCUAUGAUACCAGUAAGAAACAGAGAGUGCCAAGCUGGUGCGAUCGAGUACUAUGGAAAGCUCAUAUAUUAUCGGAUCUCGAAGACGACGAAGAACCUAUACCACGAUCUGUAGAUCUUCAACUAGACUCUCAUACGCCAUUUCAUCGCCUUUCCAACGCACUCACCCAUUUGAGUGGUCAUAUCAAGCUCCAAAUGGGAAGAACAUCGUCCAUGGAUCCAAGUAUGGCCGAUCGACUCAAUCUACGAAUCCGAACUUCUGUUUCUCCAGAGCGAGACCCAUCUGGAACCUCGACACCAUCGAGAUUCGUCGAUACAUCUGUUGACACAUCUCUUCUAUCCUCACCAUCUGACUCACCUGACUCCUCCCUCAUACAACGUGGAGAAGGCUUGAUUCCCCUCCCUCGGAGAAGAUCAUCUCCGUUUCGUCCAAGUACAACUCCGUCCCCAUCCUCACCGUCAAAAGCGAGUAAACAACACAUCUCAAUCACGAGUUCCGCUCCUGCAACGAGAUCUCCGUCAAAGCUCGUCCCCUCUUUGUCAAUGACAAGAUCGGGUUCUGCACCAGGUAAUAUCAGACCUAUAUUAAGCAAUAGACCUAAUUCAGCUUCAGGCGCCAUAUCAUCCUCUUUGACUACUUCAACUAAUAAAAGCGGAAGUCGACAUGAACCUGAACCCGAAUAUCGGAAUGAUACGAUCACUUCUGAUAAUUCUGUAUACCCAAUGAGCAUACUGGAUAACACAAAACAAGGCGGCAAACAAAGACCAAGAAGUAAUUCCGAUUCCAUAGGAAUUGAGGUAACGAACUCGACAUCAGAAAAGAAAAAAGGGAGAUCAAGUGAUGGUUUGAUGGGUAGGCCAAUAAAUCACAACGAACAUUCCAAAAUCGAAUUCUCGGUACCAACGCCAAAUUCAACUUCAAUGACUUCAAGCCCUGAAAGGAAAAGCUCUUUGAGGAUAUUCGAUCAUGACAAGAGAGUAAGAACGAUAUCGAAUUCAGCUCCUUCUGCCAAGAUGAAUUCUUCCUUGAUUGACUCUACUCAUGACCCCGAAUAUCCUAAUCAAGAAGAGUCAUCUAUACAUCGAACAAUAACUACUCCACCGACACUGAAUCAUACGAGUUCGAGUCACAGUAAUAACCAUGGACCCGGACAUGGACAUGGAAGAGAAAGGGAAAGUGAUAAGAACGCUUUCAUGAGAUUUUUAAAAGAUCUUCCGGGAUGGUUACAUCGUUCUUCAUCAGCCACAAAUCCAGAUAAACAAGAUAUCACAUUGUCCUAUGAAGAAGCGCAAGAGAAGAAAUGGAAAAAGGGUGAAGUGAGAUGUUUACAUUAUGGUACUAUCGAUGACGCUGGGAUGAGACAGCUUGAAGGUAGAUCGGAUCAUCGACCAGCUAUCUUCGCAGGAGCGGUGUAUAUAUAA